AUGUCCCCUUUGCCUGAAAUCCUCUUCGACGUCGCGCGCAACCCCGUGCUUGCUGUCGGUCUCCCCAUCGGCCUUGGAGCAGCCAGCGGGUACAUCACCGGGCAGAGCUCAAGGAGCAACUGGUUCACUACAAUGACUCCGCCUCCCGGAAACCCGCCCAAGGAAGUCUUUGGACCGGUUUGGACCGUUCUCUAUGGCCUCAUGGGCUAUGCAUCCCAUUUGGCUGUCAAAUCAUUUGAUGCUGCCAUCACACCUUCUGGAACACACGAGUCUGGUGUUGCUCUACAACUCUACUACGCUCAACUGGGUCUCAAUUUGAUUUGGUCACCCAUCUUCUUUGGUUUGAAGCAGAAAGAGAUUGCAUUGGGUAAUCUGUUGGCCCUCACGGGUACUGUUGGUGCAAUGACUGCCAAGAUGUACAACAUCAAUACCAACACCCUUUGGUUCUUGGCCCCCUACUGUGCAUGGCUUGGAUAUGCCACAUACCUCAAUGCAGGCUAUAUCUUCUUCAACCGCAAGCGAGCGUGA